AUGCUUCCCUCUCAAUUAAAUGGCUCGCCAAGGCGUGCCAAUCCAUUCAGUCGAGCUUCUUUAUCUCCCUCCCCAUCACCCCAACCGAAGCAUACAAGACCGAAGUCCGCCAUCAUAAGCUCGCCCAGCGUUUAUGAAGAGCCUCGCGGCCGCUUUCGAAAUAGCUCAGUCUCCCAAUUAUCUCAAACAGGACUUAAAUCUUCCCUCCGCGAACGACCCAGUUCAGCGAAGAACAAUGUGUCGUCUGGAACUUUUGCACCAGAGUUUAUUAAGACAGAAGAAUUGCGGAGAGGGGCUGAUCAAAUUAGAGGCCUGGAAGGCGACAACGACUUCUCGGGUAAUAAAUACGUAUGGCUGAAGGACCCAGACAAGGCGUUCGUGCGUGGGUUGGUCCUGGAGGAGCAAGACGAUGGAAGGCUGUUAGUACAAUGUGAUAAUGGGGAGCAGCGAGAAGUUUACGCAGAUCAAGUCGACAAAGUGAACCCGGCAAAGUUCGACAAGACAGAUGAUAUGGCUGAACUCACCCAUUUGAAUGAACCCUCCGUCAUUCAUAACCUGCAGACUCGGUAUCAAUCAGACUUGAUAUAUACAUAUUCUGGCUUGUUCUUGGUCACGGUUAAUCCAUACUGCCCUUUGCCCAUCUACACCACUGAAUAUGUGAAAAUGUAUAAGAACCGGAGCAAGGAGGAAACUAGGCCUCACGUUUUUGCCAUGGCCGACCAGGCAUUCCGCAAUCUAGUUGAGGAGGGGGAGAAUCAAAGUAUUCUUGUGACCGGAGAGUCGGGAGCAGGAAAAACAGAGAAUACGAAAAAGGUCAUCCAGUACCUUGCAGCGGUUGCAACACAGGAUACCCCCUACGCUCGGUCUGAAACAAAGCAGUUUUCAGCUCUCUCACAACAGAUAUUGAGAGCAAACCCAAUUUUGGAAGCUUUUGGCAACGCCCAGACGGUUCGGAAUAAUAACUCAUCUCGCUUUGGAAAGUUCAUUCGAAUUGAGUUCUCCCGCUCAGGACAAAUCCUUGGUGCCUCCAUAGACUGGUACCUUUUGGAGAAAUCUCGAGUAGUGAAGCCUAACCGCCACGAGAGGAAUUAUCAUAUUUUUUAUCAGCUUCUUCAGGGUGCAAGUCAGGCAGUACGGGAUAAUCUCCUAUUAUCCAAUUUCCAACUCGAGGACUUCGCAUAUACGAGAGAUGGAAAUGAUACCAUUGCUGGUGUAUCAGAUAUCGAGGAGUGGAAUUCACUACUUGAAGCAUUUCACAUAAUGGACUUUUCUCCAGAAGACCAACUAUGCAUCCUCCGGACAAUCGCUGCUGUCCUGCACUUGGGCAAUGUCAAUAUCGUUAAAGAAAGUCUGCGCGGAGACCAAGCGGCGUUAGGGCCUGAUGCGCACAAUAGCGUAGAACGGGCAUGCCACCUCCUAGGAAUCGCUCCGGAACCUUUCAUUAAAGGGCUGCUUCACCCGAGGGUAAGGGCUGGACGAGAAUUGGUUGAGAAAGUCCAGACUCCCGAACAAGUCCGCCUAGCACUCGACGCUUUGGCAAAGGGAAUUUAUGAACGUGGCUUCGGUGACCUUGUCUCUCGGAUUAAUAGCAAGCUUGACCGCAGCACUAUAGCGGGCGAUGAUAGCUAUUUCAUUGGUGUUCUUGAUAUUGCUGGCUUUGAGAUAUUCGAGAAUAACAGUUUCGAGCAGCUCUGCAUCAACUACACCAAUGAGAAGCUCCAGCAAUUCUUUAAUCACCACAUGUUCGUCCUUGAACAAGAAGAAUAUGCAAGGGAAAAGAUUGAAUGGCAGUUUAUUGAUUUUGGGAAAGAUUUACAGCCAACAAUUGAUCUGAUUGAGUUGACCAACCCGAUUGGUAUAUUCUCUUGUCUUGACGAAGAUUGUGUGAUGCCCAAGGCCACGGAUGUGUCUUUUACUGAUAAACUUCAUUCUCUGUGGCAUCGGAAGUCUCCGAAGUAUCGCGCAUCCCGUCUCAGCCAAGGAUUUGUUCUCACCCAUUAUGCCGCCGAAGUGGAGUAUACGACCGAAGGCUGGCUAGAAAAGAACAAAGACCCUUUAAACGACAAUAUUACACGCCUACUGGCCGCAUCGAGUGACCCCCAUAUUUCCAAUCUUUUCUCAGAUUGCGGUGACCUUGACGAAGAUGGAACAGGACAUCCAAGGAGCCGGAUCAAGAAGGGUCUGUUUCGAACGGUGGCACAGAGACAUAAGGAACAGCUCUCUACUCUCAUGAGUCAAUUGCAUUGCACCCAUCCUCAUUUCGUGCGUUGUAUAAUACCGAAUCAUAAAAAGAGACCCAAAUUGUUUAACGCUCCCUUGGUGUUGGAUCAGCUGCGUUGCAAUGGUGUUCUUGAGGGUAUAAGAAUCGCUCGGACAGGGUUCCCCAACCGCCUGCCCUUCGCGGAGUUUCGACAACGCUAUGAAGUUCUCUGCCACAACAUGCCAAAAGGAUAUAUGGAGGGCCAUAAAGCCGCUCAUAUAAUGUUGGAGAAGCUAGGUUUGGAUCGAGCGUUGUAUCGUGUUGGCCGUACGAAAGUGUUCUUCAGAGCCGGCGUCUUGGCUGAGUUAGAAGAUAGAAGAGACCAUCUUAUCCGUGAUAUAAUGACCCGUUUCCAGUCAUUGGCACGAGGAUAUGUUCAACGUCGAAUCUCCAACAAAAAACUAUAUCGUGCCGAGGCAACCCGCAUAAUCCAACAUAACUUCCAUGCUUAUCUCGACAUGAAAGCAAACCCUUGGUGGCGGUUAUUCUCAAAGAUGAAACCUCUUCUUGGAGAGACCAGAAGCGCAAAUGAAUUUAAGAAAAGGGACGAGAAGAUUCAACAACUGGAAGCGAAAAUGAAACAGGACUUACUGGAACGUCAGAAGCUCGAUGAAGAACGGCGUCGUACAGAGAUAGAAAUCCAGCGCAUUCAACAAACGCUGGAGAGCGAACGUGCCCUGGCCCUUGAUAAAGAGGAAAUCUUCAAGAGACUUCAGGUCCGCGAAGUCGAGCUCUCAGAGAAACUUGCCGGAGCGAUCGCGGACCAAGAAGCUCUUGAAGACCAGCUUGACGAGCUGAUAGCAGCUAAGAAAAAGGCCGAUGAGAAUUUGGAUCAUCGGCUAACUCAGCUUGAGCAAGCCGGAGAAAUCAUCCAGCGGUUGGAGGCCGAAAAACAAGAGCUUCAAAGGCGUAUCGCAGAACUCGACGUUGAAGUGGAAGGCGCGCAAAAAAGCUUUCAAGAGAAAGAUAACCAGAUUCAAGACCUAAGUCAUGAAAUUCGAAUGCUUCAAAGCCACCUCGGUUUGAAGGACCGCAAGCUGCAGGAUUUAGAAGCCAAGCUAUUGAAAACUGAUCAGGAUCUUGAUAUAAAGCUUGCUAAUACAUCGAAGGAUCUGGAUAAGUCGAGAAAGCAGAUUAAGGAGCUGUUUGAUGAGAAUCGGUCAAUUCGACAGCAAAUUUCGGACCUCUCCGCGACUUCAACUGGGUACGAGGAAAUGCUCAGGAAGAAGCAAAGCGAAGUAGCCGUUUUACGAAACGACGCGAGACGAUACGAGGAAGAGAGAAAACAAUUCGAAUCCGAGAAAACUUCUCUAUCAACCCGCCAUGACAAUAUGCAAAAUCGUCUCCGGGAAGUCCAGGCAUCUAUGGAUGCAAUGAAAUCGGAGAAAGCUCAACUUGAACGAGAGAUAGCGGAUGUUAAAAGGGUCUUGGAGGAUAAAUUAUCCGAGGAUGCGGAAGCUGGUCAGAGCAGGAGGAUCCUUGAGCAACAGGUCCAAGACCUGAAAACCCAGCUCUUUCAGGUCCAGGCCGAUCUCAGUCGAGUGACGCAGUCAAGAGACGACGUCCAAAUGCUUGCGAAGCACAGUCUCGCGGAGCUGGAGGAGAAGUACAAUUCUUUGAAUGAAUCGAAGAUCAUAAUCGAGAAGGAAAUGUAUAUCCAACAAGAUACUCUCCGUCGAGCUACCGAGGGUCGAGCAGCUGCCGACCAGGCUCGGAAAGACCUCCAAACAGAGCUCAUCAAGCUGCGAGAGCGAUUCACCAAAGUUGAGAAUGCGCGCUUGGAUGCAGAAGCCGAGAUUGAGCAAAAAAUUAGGAUACAGGCUGACGAGAGGUUGGAAAGUCUUCGAAAGGAUUUGGAGACCAAAUCAAAGAGACUAGAUGAAGCUGAGGCGGACAGGUCACGUCUUUCCAAGGAAGUGCAGAGGCUUACGCAUGCCAUUGCAGAGUCUGACAAUUUCCGUAUCCGUCAUGAUCAGCAUAAGGAGCGUCUCGAUAGAGAACUUAUAACGCUCAAAGGCCGGCUCACAGCAUCUGAGAAUGAUAAUAGAGCCCUGUUGACUAAGAUUCAACAGAAGAAUCUUGAUAUUGCCAGAUCAACUUCCAGAGCCAGCGACAAUCAACGCCUUCGCAUAACAAAUCUUCAAAAGGAAAAGUCGAAGUUGGACGAAGAAAACAAGAACUUGACGCGCCAGCUAGGAGAUGCACAGUUGUCUAUCACCUCCUUGGAGAAGCAAAAGGAAAAACUGUCUCUAAACCUAGAGGACUUGAACCAUGAGAUCUCCAGGGAACGUAAAAACAGUCGUAACGCCGAGAAAGCCGCCUCCACUGCGUCCCUUCAGCUUGCUGAAGCAAAUAGGAGCCUUGAAACCGAAAGACAGCUACGCAGUCAAGCCCAAGCGAACACUCGGAAGCUUCAAACCGCACUCGACACUGCUAACAAAGAGAUUGAUGGUUUGCACCGCCAGCUUAUACUCUUAAACAAAGUUUUCACGCCCGAUGCCGAUGAGUCUCCCAGGUCAUGGGAAACUGUUCAACCAGAGCUAUCGAAGAAAGUUGAUUUGGCACAGGUCCUGGAGACCGUGCAGAACAAACUUCAGGUUGCUGAGGAGAAGUAUGCCAGGGCAGAGAACCAGCUUUCUGAAAUGCGCCGACGACAUGGCGAUGAGAUGAAGGAGCUUGAUGCUCGCUAUUCUUCAUCGAAACGUGCUUUGCUUGAGGAGAUCGACAACAACCAGGUGGCUGCCAAUCGUACUCCGACACACAUAAGGAAGAACUCUGAAAAUGCUGCAAAGAGGUUUUCCGCUCCCACUACGCCUAACCGCAGACACAAUUUCAAUGAAGCCAUUAAUGAUUCAGCUCGGUCUGAUAAGACCGUGGAUACCGUCACUUUUCAACGACGUAUGGACUUGGAGACCGAGAUAGAGGAGCUUCAGAACAAGCUUCAAGUGUCUGAAAUGCAAAACAAACAUUUGCAGACCCAGCUUGAACGAGCGCUUCCUCAGAAGGAUACAUGGCAGGACGAAAGUCCUUCAAUUAGGCGGAUGCAGCUCCUGGAGCGGGCAAACGAUCGCCUUCAUGAGCAGCUUGAUGAUUCUACGAAGAAGGUGUCGGCACUUGAACGGAGUAUCCGCUCAGGAGAGCUAUCAUUACAUGAUGUCCAAGCUAAAUCACAUGAAGAACUCUAUGACUUAAUCAGUUCCCAGGAACAAUCUAGGAGGUUAUUGCUCCAGGUUCAUAAUGAGGCCAUGGCCGAAUUAACCGAGGCAAAAUCCCACUUCGAGAAGCUUAAGCACUCCAAGGCGGCCCUGGAGGUUGAUAUUCGUGACGCACGGUCGGAACUUCAAGAGUUGCAGCUUGCAAGAGAGCAGGACGCCGUUAGCAGAAAUCAACUGCUGCAGGAGUUUUCGGAUCUGCAGAUACGCUUGGACGCGGAGGAAUCUAAAUGUGCUGACCUCGCCUCCAGUUUGAGCUUAUACAAAAGCCGUGCAGAUGAAUAUUUCAGCAAGCUCGAGCAGGCGGAGAUCGCGGUUCUCAAGGCUUCUCGAGCCGAGCAGUUCUCUAAGUCUCAAGCCAAAGAAGCCGAGGAGACAUGUGCCCAAAUUUUGGCAGAGCGCAAACAGACUGAUUCUCUUGUUGAAGAUUUGCAACGGCAAAUGCAAUCGCUGGAGGCACGAAUGGAGGACCAGGCUGCUGAGCUCCAAGGUGCACUUCAGGCUAAACAGCGUCUCCAGAAUGAGUUGGAGGAUUAUAGAAAUCAGCGCGCUAUUGAUCUUGAGGACAAAGAAAUGUCAAUGGAGCAGACCAGACAAAAGUAUCAACGUGAAUUCUCGACUCUGCACAACGAUCUGGAGGUGGAACGCGAAAACGUACUCAACGCUCGUGAAGAGAAUGCUCGCCUAAGAGAAGAACUUGAAGAUCUUCGGAGCAAGUGGGAUAACGAAGUGCUGAAUAGUUCUACGUGGGCCAAGGAGAAGGCCCGAAUGGAGAUGACCCUGCAAGACGUAACAACCUCGCGGGAAGAAGCGGUAAAUGCCCACAAUGAAGCCCAAAGUCGGGUUGUGUCACUCCUGUCACAAGUAAGGAGUCUGCGGACAUCCGUCGACGAUGUAACAGCCGAAAGAGAUAAUCUGGCCAAAGAAAAGAAGGUGCUGGAGGCACGGCUGGCUGAGGCUGGGGAGCGACUUGAUGAGCUUGCUAGGGGACAAAGUCCCUCUAUGCGCAAUGCUGCUAGUAUGGAACGUGAACUACUGGAGCUCAAGUCACAACUUGCGCAGCAAGAAGACGUCUCGGCCGCAGCAGUGGGCAAAAUGAGGCGAGCAGAGGCUUUGGUAACUGAAAUACAGAAGGAAAUCACGGGUGAGCGAGAAUCGAAAAAUCGGCUUUUCAAAGAAAAGGCGGCACUGGAGAAACAGCUCAAGGAAGCGCAGUUGAGAUGCGUCGACCUCGAGACUAAGAGCUACUCAUCUGCCAGUCAGGAUGUUAAGUUCCUGCACAAGCGUAUUAAGGAACUUGAAACGCACCUCGAGGAGCAAGAAACCAAGCACAGUGCUGAGCAACGCUCUCUCCGUAAUGUUGACCGUACUGUCAAAGACCUUCAGUCGCAAAUCGAACGGCGCGACAAGAUGAACGCUCAACUCAGCGAGGAUAUCAACAAAUCCCGUGACAAGAUUGAGCGUCUUCUGAAGAAUAUCGAAGAACUCCAGCAGAGCGACUCGGAAAAUCAACUCCAGGCACGCCGGGCGGAACGAGAACUCCGAGAAGAACGAGAGAAGGCCUUGAGAUUGGAACGCGAGCUGGAAGGGUGGAAGGCUCUUCGGGUUGAGAGAGGGAGCGUCGUGGGACGAACUGUUGGCGCGUUCAGUGACGUUGGGAGCCGAAGAGGCAGCGGUGCUUUCCCCAGUGAUCUCCAAAGACAGCCCAGUAACACCAAGGGGUUCCUGUAACCCUUCUGACAGCAGGGGACGGAUUCACCAUAUCAUCUUCUGGUCCGAAGAAAUCCAUCAAGGUUGAGUGAAAGAACUCUGGUUAUGACUCUAGUAUGAUGUUGCUGCCAGCAGGCUUUUCCAGAUAUGGGUGAGACUGGUGCAUACGAUUAUAUGCUUAAUGUCUGUGAUGAGUUUGUGGCUCCUAUUUUUAUGGUUUCUGUUUGUUGAUCAAGCAUUUUAUCUAUAUGGUAUAUGGGCAUUGGUCAUUUGUUUGCGUUAGCAAUUCAUGCAUCAGUUUUCG